AUCAAGCUUGGCUCCUCCCUGGAAUCACCGGGGGAAAUCCCGGCUGUGGGGCCUGUGUACGGAGUGCGGCUGGAGACAGAAGGCGGCCAUAAGUGAGCGAGCAGUAAACAUGUCAAGACAUAACAGCAUGUCGCCAAGCCCCGGCACACCGCUAUACCCAGGUGCUUCUAAGCAUGGCAAAGCAAAGGGACUCAAAGACAUUCGAAUUGAUGAAGAAGUGAAAAUUGCUGUCAAUAUUGCACUGGAAAGGUUUCGUUAUAGUGAUCAGGAAGAAAUGGAGUUCCCGUCUUCUUUGACCAGCACCGAGAGAGCUUUUGUCCAUCGUCUAGCCCAGUCACUUGGGCUAAUAUCAAAGAGUAGAGGGAAAGGUGCUACUAGGUACUUGACAAUAAGAAAGAAGGAUGGGAGUGACACCAUCGGCUCCCUCAUGACAUGCUACCUGACUCCCAACACGAAGCAAACCAUGAGGGGCCUUAUUCAACGUUUUUCCAUCACUAACAAGGAAAAGUCAGAACUACUUCCAAAGACCGAGCGGAGCAAUGCCUUUGCAAUAGAAGCUGAAAAACAUGAAAUGAGCAGGUCCAGUGGCCGCCUGAGCAAUGGCAUUCCCCAAGUCCCAUCAAAGAGAGGAGAUUCCGAGUUUGAUAGCUUUCGACAGUCCUUACCAGUUUAUGAAAAGCGUGAAGAAAUUAUCAACAUUAUAAAAGAAAAUAAUAUUCUGCUCGUUGUGGGAGAAACUGGAUCUGGAAAAACCACCCAGAUCCCACAGUUUAUACUGGAUGACUGUUACAAACAUGGAAUGCCAUGCCGUUUAUUCUGCACUCAGCCAAGGCGCUUGGCUGCAAUUGCUGUUGCUGAAAGAGUGGCUGCUGAAAGGGGCGAGAAAAUUGGGCAAUCUAUUGGGUUUCAGAUCCGCCUGGAGAGCCGUGUUUCUCCCAAGACUCUCCUGACAUUCUGCACCAAUGGAGUUCUUCUGCGCACUCUCAUGGGUGGAGACAGCACAAUUUCUACUGUGACUCAUAUUAUUGUGGAUGAAGUUCAUGAGCGUGAUCGGUUCAGCGACUUUCUGUUAAUCAAGCUGAGGGAUGUGAUAAAGAAGCAUCCAACUCUGAAGCUGAUCCUUUCCAGUGCCGCCUUGGAUGUUAACCUGUUUCUCAGAUAUUUCGGAGGCUGUCCCAUUUUAUAUAUACCAGGCCGGCCUUUUGAGGUAAAAGAAAUGUUUCUAGAAGACAUAUUGCGAACUACUGGCUACACAAAUAAAGACAUGCUUAAAUACAAGAAAGAAAAACAGUGCGAGGAAAAGCAAAAGUCAGCCCUGUCUGAAUGGCAUUUGGUAACACCGGAGAACGGAAAGUCAGAAACUGAAACCCAGAGGCAGAGGAGUGCUUCUAACAUUACUAAAGAUUAUGACUUGCUCGAUGAUGGAGGGGACACGUUUAAUCAGCUGAUGGAAAAGGAUCGAAACAGCCUAGAGCCCUGGAUAAUAAGAGAAAUGGACUCCUGUCUCUCAGAUAUUUGGCUGAACAAAGAUGUUGAUGCUUUUCCUCAGCUUUUUAACUUGAUAUUGACAGAAAAUGUUAGUGUUGACUAUAGACACAGUGAAACAGGUGCAACUCCCUUGAUGUUGGCAGCUGGACAAGGAUUUUUGAGUCAGGUGGAACAGCUUAUUAGCAUGGGAGCCAAUAUUCACAGCAAAGCUUCAAAUGAAUGGAUGGCUGUGGACUGGGCUAGGCACUUUGUUCAGGCUGACGUUGUUGAUCUGCUGGAGUCCUACAGUGCUUCAAAGGACCCAAACUGUUUGGAUGAAUCCUCUCUGGUCCAGGCUGAUGGCAGUAACCUGAGUGAAGAGGAGCAGGAACUCCUCAAAGCGUACCACCACAGUUUUGAUGAUGAAAGGGUGGACCUUGAUCUGAUAAUGCAUGUGCUUUAUAAUAUUUGUCAAAGCUCCGAAUCAGGGGCCAUACUAAUAUUUCUUCCAGGAUAUGAUGAGAUUGUAGGAUUAAGAGAUCGCAUUUUGUUAGAUGACAAGAGAUUUGCCGAUAAUGCCAACAGGUUCCAGGUUUUCAUGCUGCACUCAAACAUGCAGACAUCUGAUCAGAAGAAGGUCUUGAAGACUCCUCCAGCUGGAAUCCGGAAAAUUAUACUCUCCACUAAUAUAGCAGAAACCAGUAUCACUGUUAAUGAUGUCGUAUUUGUCAUAGAUUCUGGGAAAGUGAAAGAGAAAUCUUUUGAUGCUCUAAACCAUGUCACAAUGCUGAAGAUGGUUUGGAUUUCCAAAGCUAGUGCUCUUCAAAGGAAAGGAAGGGCUGGUCGCUGCAGACCUGGAGUCUGUUUCCGCCUGUUCAGCAAGCUCCGUUUUCAAAAUAUGUUGGAGUUUCAGACACCAGAACUAUUACGAAUGCCUCUUCAUGAGCUUUGCUUGCAUUCAAAAUUACUAGCCCCUAUUAAUUGUCCUAUUGCGGAUUUUCUAAUGAAGGCACCAGAGCCACCACCAGCCUUGGUUGUACGAAAUGCUGUUCAAAUGCUAAAGACAAUUGAUGCAAUGGACACAUGGGAAGACUUGACAGAACUUGGAUAUCAUUUGGCUGAUUUGCCAGUAGAACCUCACCUUGGCAAAAUGGUGCUGUGUGCUGUGGUGCUGAAGUGCUUAGACCCCAUCCUUACUAUUGCCUGCACUUUAGCGUAUCGAGAUCCAUUUGUCUUACCAGCGCAGGCUGCGCAGAAACGUGCUGCUAUGCUGUGCCGAAAACGAUAUACAGCAGACACAUUCAGUGAUCAUAUGGCUUUACUCAGGGCUUUUCAGGCAUGGCAGAAAGCACGUAGUGAUGGGUGGGAACGAGCCUUCUGUGAGAAGAAUUACCUGUCUCAGGCUACCAUGGAAAUUAUUAUUGGAAUGAGAACGCAGUUGCUGGGGCAGCUCAGGGCUUCAGGUUUUGUCAGAGCUCGUGGAGGAGGAGACAUCAGAGAUGUAAAUACAAACUCAGAGAACUGGGCAGUGGUAAAGGCUGCUCUAGUGGCUGGGAUGUACCCAAACCUAAUACACGUGGACAGAGAGAAUAUGAUGCUCACGGGAUCCAAGGAAAAACGUGUACGUCUCCACCCUACUUCAGUUCUUAGUCAGCCACAGUAUAAAAAGAUUCCCCCAGAGAAUGGUCAGGCAGUAGCAGUACAAGUUUUACCCACAGACUGGCUAAUAUAUGAUGAAAUGACUCGAGCACAUAGAAUUGCUAACAUUAGAUGUUGCACAGUGGUUACACCAGUCACAGUGGCGAUCUUCUCGGGACCUGCCCGGCUGCCAAGCAACGCAUUGCCAGAGUCUGCAUUCCAUGUAACCCAAGAUGGUGUCCCCAAUGACAGCAGUGACAGUGAGAUGGAAGACCGGGCCACAGCUUUGUUGACAUCUCUUAAGCUGGAUGAGUGGCUACAAUUUAAGCUGGACUCUGAGGCUGCUGGACUCUUGCUACAGCUGCGGCAGAAGUGGCACAUUUUGUUUCUGAAGAGAAUGCGGGCACCCUCAAAGCCAUGGACACAAGCGGAUGAGGCCACCAUACGAACUGUGAUCGCUGUGCUGAGCACUGAAGAGCAGGCUGCUGGUUUACGUCAGCCCUCUGGAAUUGGGCAGAGACCAAGGCCAAUAUCUUCUGAAGAGCUUUCUGUGUCAUGUUCCUGGAAGAACAGUAAUAGUCGGAGGAGCUCAGAUGCUGACUUUUCUGAUGACCUUCCAAAACUGGACAGAACAAAUGUGAAGUCUCCUCCUCCAGGGUUAACCCUGCAGACUAAAAAUAAAGAGAAAGUGGGUUUACUCCCAAAACACCAUGAAGAUAGAUCGGAGCAGAUGUUGGGGAAGUUACUUGAAAGUAUUAGCUGCACCAGUCCCUGUAAAAGCCCGUCCUCACCCUCCUCUGUAAAGUCUCCAUCACGUCCAAAUGUAUCGGUGCAUUACUUUAUAAUGAAGAGCAGCAACCUGAGAAAUCUUGAGAUCUCCCAGCAAAAGGGAAUUUGGUCCACCACCCCAAGUAAUGAGCGCAAACUGAACAGAGCAUUCUGGGAGAGCAGUGCGGUGUAUCUGGUGUUUUCUGUUCAGGGAUCUGGACAUUUUCAGGGAUUUGCAAGAAUGCUUUCAGAGAUUGGCAGAGAAAAGAGCCAGGAGUGGGGGUCCACAAGUCUAGGGGGAGUCUUUAAAGUGGAAUGGAUACGGAGGGAAAACUUGCCUUUUCAGUAUGCUCACCACUUGCUGAACCCAUGGAAUGACAAUAAGAAGGUGCAGAUAAGUCGUGAUGGACAGGAGCUGGAGCCACAAAUAGGGGAACAGUUGUUGCUGCUUUGGGACAGAGUUCCUUUGGGAGACAAAAGUAUUUUGCACUAACAGCCUAACCUCAGAUUUUAAAGUCGUGAUGUACUGUGAAUGCUGUUCAUCAGUUCCAUUAACUGCACUAAAAUGUUUACAACCUCCCUGUGUUUAUCUGAAAAGCCAGAAUCAGAAGAAUAGCACUGUAAAAGAGUAUCCUGGAUCAAGAUGGGCAAAUUAGGUACUCUCAGCUGGUCAAGAUGAGAAAUGCAGCAACUGUUGGAAUAGAAAAUUUGGGAAUCUUGCUCAUUCUAGUACUUGACAGCUGUCCUGUAUGAAAUUCACUCAGUCAGUUUUGUAAAUCAAAUUGCACUGUUUUAAUGUUCAAUCAUUUUUUUUUUUCUUUUAUAACUUUUGAACGUUCAUUCUAAACCACAUUGUAUUUCAUUUAAAAUAUCAGGGACUUCUGGUUCUGGUCGCCUGAAAAUGCAUGAUCAGUCUAAUCCAUUAGCUAUAACUCGGUUAUAGGAAUAUAUAAAUUGUAAAUUACACACUACUAUACAAGCUAUAUUUUUCAGAAAUCUGUUGUACCUUGAAUACUUCUUAAAUAAUUUUGUUUGUAUAUAUACAUGGGAGCAUUUGAAGCAUGCGUACACCAAGAAACUCUAGCUGUUGACGAUUUAGCAGAACAAACUGGAACAUUCAGUACAGAAGCAGGUGGAUUUACCUCUAAAAUGAGGUUCAUUGUAAAAAAAAUAAGGUUUACAUUGUAAAACUAACCUGUCUUUCUUUUUUUUUUUUUUUUUUUUUUUUAGAGAAGUGCAUGUGUUUCUUUCUGAUGUGCAAAAAGUAUAACACACAAUUGAGCACUCUAUUUUUCAAUUAAAUAGAAAACAUGCAGAAUUAGUGGUACAAUUUAGAGCAAAUUUUGUGAUUUUAUACAUUUUUGAAUCAUCUGCCUGCGCUGUAAAGCUUUACAAAUAAUUCCAGUUUUGUUUUUAUUGUUAUCGAACACAUUGAAAUUAAGUGUUUUUUAUUGUUUUGCUUUACAGUGCCUUUUUUUUGUUUUGCAUUUGGUUUCAUGUCUGUGAGGUUAGCGCAUGUGAUUGAUUUCAACAGAACUCAAUGGAAAUGCCUAGGACAUAUAUAUACAGUCACUUGAAUGUUGGGACCCAAACUGUGGUCUAUAAUUUCACGUGCAUGCUUCUAAUCCACAACAGAGAGAAAAUGCUGCAAAUGGGUAGACGCACAUGCACUUGAACUUUUGUGGGGUUUUUUCUUUUAAUUUGGGAUUAUCGGAUUAUCAAAAACUGAAGUUCAGUCCACUUGUAAAAAUGCCUUUUUGGUAGCUCCAACUUUCUAUAGUAGUACUCAAAUGCUCCUUAGAAUUACAUGUCUAAAUCCAUGCCAGACCAUCCGUCCCACCAAGCAACUCUUCGACAGUUGUGUGACUGCCCCCUCGCUGAUGCAAUUACGUACAAUACAAGAGCUGUACUGCAUGCUAGGAUAUUGAGGGCCUGUCCGGAUUGCAGGAGUGGAGCAGAGCAUGAAAUAGACAGCUGCUCUGGGAGUGAGGAGUAGGGUUUAUAUUCUUUUUUGUUAUAGCCCCUAUAAUUAACAAUCGGACCUUUAUUAAAGAAGAGGUGGCGGCUAUUAAAAGGGCAAUUUUGCAAGCUUGGCCUUCAGUUGUUUUAAGAGCUGCACAUAUUUUCAGUGUUCAUGUGUUUUACAUGUUAAUUAUCUGUCUUCUAUUGUUUAAUCCUUUUAUUACAUAUUUAUAUAAAAAUAUUUCAACGUGCAAGUAAAAUUAAAUGGUUGAAUAUACAGUUGGAUCCUGAAUCUGCCAAAAUAAUUCUGUGCCCUAAUUUAUGUUCAUCCAUUUUUUCAUCCAGACACAUCUGAACAGACACUAUGCAAAGUUCUGACCAUUUAUUUUUUUCCCCACUGCAGUUAACUUAGUACAGCUUAGUGAAUUGUAACUGGAUAAUGAAGGGACAUCAGUUUAGUAGUCAUUCGUAUGCUGUCAUUUCCAAUCUGCAAACUUUAUUUGUAAGGUCUGGUGUAUUAUGUUAUACAGUAAAGCUUGUUUGGCUUACAGUGCUUCCCCUUUCUCUUCCUCAUGAAAUGCUGUUGUGCAUUGCCAGACGUACCUAUAGGCAAAUUAAAAAAGUGCCUAGUGCACUCCAUGCCGCAGAAGGAAAAAGUCUCAGCAACAACCCCACUCUAGCAGCGCUGCCGAUCUACUUCAGUUAAAUUCACAGCCAGUCCAGAGAAUGGAAAUGGCUGUUUAACUUUGGUUGAGAAUAAACAGGCAGGUUCUGUCACUUUAUUUCUUCCCACUCAUUCCCCUUCUGAGUGAUGCCUGAGAAGCUAAAAAGCCAGGGCACGUAUUGUGAGAUCACCCCCAGAUUCUAUCUGGCUAUUAGUUUGUUCCAGUAAAGAGCUAGAAACAGGCUAACAAGUUUUCAAAUUUUGUCAGCAGUGGGCUUGAUCUCUGGGCAUUCAGUAAAAGGGAAAGUAGGCAAAGUUGAUAAUCAAAAUGUUAAUCAAAUAUGCACAUUCUGGUAGCUCAUAUUUGAACAUGCCUUCCGCAUGACAUUGCUUGGGAUUUCUGAUAGGAAGCUCCGGCAUACCAGUUUUGCGAUGGUUAGGCUACAUUCACAGAUGUGAUUUAAGGCUGGUGUGAAUUGUAGCAACAAAAAUCUUGUGUUUACAGCUCUGGAUGAGAGUGGCUAGGUGCAGCCUCUGACCCCAUUCACUAUAAUGACAGGUUUAUGCACUAUGACAGGCUAUUCACAGCUGUUCUCACAUCCAGCGAUUGAGGUGACUGCUGGCUGUGCAGAGAGAUGCGAAUAGCUGCGGCUGUUGGCAACCUGUCAUUACAGUGAAAAGGGCCAUCGGAUGCACCUAGCUGCUCAAAAACCGCAGCUGUAAACUAAAGAUUGCUCAGGCCACAACAAUUUUCACAGGCCUUAAUCGUUGGUGUGACUGUAGCUGUUGACAUGCCUACUCCGUGGGCAGGAUUUCAGCAGUAGAUUAUGUCACAAAGUGGUACUUAUCACAGUUUUAUCUGGUUUUACUUCCUACAGGUUUGCUUUUAGUAUGUUUUCCUCUGCAAAACACAAUGCAAUGCAUUGCAUUGCAACUCUUUAGUUCUGUACUGAGAGGCACUUGCAAUGGAGUAAUCAGGGUAUUUGGCAUUCUUAUGAGCAAAAGUGUUGUUGCCUUGGAGGCUAAGUUUUACCAAGCGAAAUGAGUGUACCAGCACUGUAAAGUGUCACUAAUUACUAAUUCUCUCAUUAAAAGUGUUUUAAGUGUUUCUAUAUUA